AUGGAGUCAAGGUCGAUACGCCUGAGUCUGCUUCUCUGCAUCGCCGCCUCGUUACUAGCGGCCGCGAUACCGUCCACGACAGCCAGCGCGAAAGAGCUCGAACGGCGAAACGCCAUGCGAACGUCGGGAAUUGGCGCCGGCUAUGGUAACUCGCAAAUGAACUUGAAGUUGCGUCGCCUGCUGGCGUUCAAGCCAAAUUGCUCCAAGAACCAAACCGCCUGCCGCUCCCGGUGCGUGGACCUAAUGGCCGACGUCAACAACUGUGGGGCGUGUGGCAACUUCUGCGAAGUCCCGCUGGAUUGCUGCGGUGGCACCUGCGUGGAUCUUCGCACCAACUACGAACACUGCGGCGCCUGCGGUGCGAGUUGCCAGGGGAUAUGCACUUCCAGCACGUGCUUCAAAUUCGACUGA